GCCCGAGCCCGCGGAGGGCGCAGGGCGGCGCAGGCGGCGCGGGCGGGAGAGGAUGCGGGGCCGCCGCCGCGUCUGAGCCCCGAGCGCCCCGGGAGCCGCUGCGGCCGGGCCGCGCCAUGGGGAAGGAGCAGGAGCUGGUGCAGGCGGUGAAGGCGGAGGACGUGGGGACCGCGCAGAGGCUGCUGCAGAGGCCGCGGCCCGGGAAGGCCAAGCUUCUGGGCUCCACCAAGAAGAUCAAUGUCAACUUCCAGGAUCCAGAUGGCUUCUCGGCCCUGCACCACGCGGCCCUGAAUGGCAACACUGAGUUGAUCACCCUGCUGCUGGAGGCUCAGGCUGCUGUGGACAUCAAGGACAACAAAGGCAUGCGGCCACUGCACUAUGCAGCCUGGCAGGGCCGCAAGGAGCCCAUGAAGCUGGUCCUGAAGGCAGGCUCGGCGGUGAACGUCCCAUCCGACGAGGGUCACAUCCCCCUGCACCUGGCGGCCCAGCACGGUCACUAUGAUGUGUCGGAGAUGCUUCUGCAGCACCAGUCCAACCCCUGCAUGGUAGACAACUCUGGGAAGACGCCCCUGGACCUGGCCUGUGAGUUUGGCCGUGUCGGGGUUGUUCAGCUGCUCCUAAGCAGCAACAUGUGUGCGGCCUUGCUGGAACCCCGGCCGGGGGAUGCCACCGACCCCAAUGGUACCAGCCCCCUGCACCUGGCAGCCAAGAAUGGGCACAUUGACAUCAUCAGACUCCUGCUCCAGGCUGGCAUCGACAUCAACCGCCAGACCAAGUCCGGCACAGCCCUGCACGAGGCCGCACUCUGCGGGAAGACAGAGGUGGUUCGGCUGCUGUUGGAUAGCGGGAUCAAUGCCCAGGUGAGGAACACCUACAGCCAGACGGCCCUGGACAUCGUGCACCAGUUCACCACCUCCCAGGCCAGCAAGGAGAUCAAGCAGCUGCUACGAGAGGCCUCGGCAGCCCUGCAGGUCCGGGCAACCAAGGAUUACUGCAACAAUUAUGACCUGACCAGCCUCAACGUGAAGGCUGGGGACAUCAUCACAGUCCUUGAACAGCAUCCAGACGGCCGGUGGAAAGGCUGUAUCCAUGACAACCGGACAGGCAAUGACCGGGUGGGAUACUUUCCAUCCUCCCUGGGCGAGGCCAUUGUCAAACGAGCAGGUUCCCGAGCAGGCAGUGAGCCAAGCCCACCCCAGGGAGGCAGUGCGGCGGGGCCCUCUGCGCCCCCAGAGGAGAUCUGGGUGCUGAGGAAGCCUUUUGCAGGUGGAGACCGCAGUGGCAGCUUGAGCAGCGGGACUGGUGGCCGGAGCAGCGGGGGCCACGCCCUGCAUGCAGGCUCGGAAGGCGUUAAGCUCCUGGCCACGGUGCUUUCCCAGAAGUCUGUCUCUGAGUCCAGUCCGGGGGACAGCCCUGUCAAGCCUUCUGAGGGUUCCGCAGCAGGUGCUGGCAGGUCCCAGCCUUCAGCAGCCCAUGCUGGGCAGCUCUACGGGGAACAGCCAGCAAAGAAACUGGACGCAGCUUCCGAGGGCAAGAGUGCUGAGGCAGUCAGCCAGUGGCUCGCCACGUUCCAGCUGCAGCUCUAUGCUCCCAACUUCACCAGUGCCGGCUAUGACCUGCCCACCAUCAGCCGCAUGACCCCGGAGGACCUCACGGCCAUUGGUGUCACCAAACCAGGCCACCGGAAGAAGAUCACGGCCGAGAUCAGCGGCCUGAGCAUCCCUGACUGGCUGCCUGAGCAUAAACCCGCUAACCUGGCCGUGUGGCUGUCCAUGAUCGGCCUGGCCCAGUACUACAAGGUGCUGGUGGACAACGGCUAUGAGAACAUCGACUUCAUCACUGACAUCACCUGGGAGGACCUGCAGGAGAUCGGCAUCACCAAGCUGGGGCACCAGAAGAAGCUGAUGCUGGCAGUGAGGAAACUGGCUGAGCUGCAGAAAGCCGAAUAUGCCAAGUAUGAGGGGGGACCCCUGCGCCGGAAGGCACCCCAGUCACUUGGAACCAUGGCUAUUGAGUCGCCACCCCCACCCGAGCCUGCCCCAGCUGACUGCCAGUCUCCUAAGAUGACCACCUUCCAGGACAGUGAGCUCAGUGGCGAGCUGCAGGCCGCCAUGACCGGCCCAGCAGAGGGAGGCACGGCCGCUGCCGAGAAGCCCUCCAACCAUCUUCCCCCCACCCCCAGGGCAUCUGGGCGGCAGGAGCCCAGCCUAGGGGGGCGGGCUCGGCACAUGAGCAGCUCUCAGGAGCUGCUGGGUGAUGGCCCCCCUGGGCCCAGCAGCCCCAUGUCGCGAAGCCAGGAGUACCUGCUGGAUGAGGGGCCAGCCCCUGGCACGCCGCCCAAGGAGGUCCGGCCAGGUCGCCAUGGCCACAGCAUCAAGAGGGCCAGUGUGCCCCCAGUGCCUGGCAAACCACGGCAGGUCCUCCCACAGGGUGCCAGCCACUUCACACCCCCACAGACACCCACCAAAGCCCGGCCAGGCUCCCCUCAAGCCCUCGGGGGACCUCAUGGCCCAGCCACAGCCAAGGUGAAGCCCACCCCACAGCUGCUGCCACCAGCAGAGCGGCCUGCGUCACCUCGCUCCCUGCCUCAGUCGCCAACACAUCGUGGCUUUGCCUACGUCCUGCCCCAGCCCGUGGAGAGUGAGACGGCACCAGCGGCACCAGGGCCUGCACCCCCACCAGUGCCAGCAGCUGUGCCCACUCUUUGCCUGCCCCCGGACGCUGAUGUGGAGCCUGGGCGCCCCAAGAAGCGAGCUCACAGCCUGAAUCGUUACACGGCGUCUGACAGCGAGCCUGAGCGAGACGAGCUGCUGGUGCCCGCCGCCUCAGGGCCCUAUGCCACAGUCCAGCGGCGUGUGGGCCGUAGCCACUCCGUAAGGGUACCUGCUGCUAAUGACAAGAAUGUCAACCGCAGCCAGUCUUUCGCAGUGCGGCCUCGCAAGAAGGGACCCCCACCACCCCCGCCCAAGCGCUCCAGCUCUGCCAUGGCCAGUGCCAACAUGGCCGAUGAGCCAGCUCCAGAUGCUGAGGCUGAAGACAACAGGCUGGGUGUCCGGGCUCAGCGCAGGCGGGCUAGUGACCUUGCAGGCAGUGUGGACACAGGCAGUGCUGGCAGCGUGAAGAGCAUCGCAGCCAUGCUCGAGCUGUCUUCCAUUGGGGGAGGGGGCCGGGGGGCUCGCCGGCCCCCCGAGGGCCACCCCACACCUCGUCCUGCCAGUCCAGAGCCUGGCCGGGUGGCCACAGUGCUGGCCUCAGUGAAGCACAAAGAGGCCAUUGGGCUGGAUGGUGAGGUGGUGAACCGGCGCCGCACUCUUAGUGGGCCUGUCACUGGACUUUUGGCUGCUGCCCGCAGGGGGCCUGGAGAACCAGCAGAACAGGGCCACUUUGUGGAGGAUGGGGCAGCCAGGCAGCGGCCUCGAGGUCCAGCCAAGGCGGAGGCGAGUGUAGAAGGCCCACCCCUUGCCAGGGUGGAGGCCAGUGCCACGCUCAAGAGGCGCAUCCGGGCCAAGCAGAGCCAGCAGGAGAAUGUCAAGUUCAUCCUGACGGAGUCUGAUACAGUUAAGCGAAGGCCCAAGGCCAAAGAGCGGGAGGCUGGGCCUGAGCCACCCCCGCCGCUGUCUGUGUACCAGAAUGGCACAGCCACUAUGCGCCGCAGACCCACCUCAGAGCAGGCUGGAACCCCGGAGUUGCCCCCACCACCCCCACCUGCUGAGCCACCACCCAUCGACUUGGUGCACCUGCCCCCUCUGCCCCUGCCUGAUGGCGAUGCCCGGAAGCCGGCAAAGCCACCUGUGUCUCCCAAACCUGUCCUGGCUCAGCCUGUGCCCAAGAUCCAGGGCUCACCCACUCCUGCCUCUAAGAAGGUGCCGCUGCCAGGCCCUGGCAGCCCAGAGGUGAAGCGUGCACACGGCACGCCGCCGCCCGUGUCGCCCAAGCCGCCGCCGCCGCCCACGGCACCCAAGCCGCCCAAGGCCACGGCUGGACUGCCGUCGGGCAGCGCCGGACCGUCGCCUGCGCCCUCGCCCGCGCGCCAGCCGCCCGCCGCCCUCGCCAAGCCGGCCGGCACGCCGCCUGCGCCCGGCGCCAGUCCUGCCGCGCCCCCGUCCCCGGGUGCGCCCCCGCCGCACGUGCCCGCCAAGCCCCCGCGCGCGGCCGCUGUGGUCCCCUCGGGGCCGCACCCCGCGUCCGACAGCGCCUCGCCUGGGGACAGCGCCAGGCAGAGGCUGGAGGAGACGAGCGCGAGCCUGGCUGCGGCGCUGCAGGCGGUGGAGGAAAAGAUCCGGCAGGAGGACGGGCAGGGUCUGGGCCCCUCCACGGCUGCGAAGAGCGCCGGAAGCAUCCUGGACGACAUCGGCAGCAUGUUUGACGAUCUGGCCGACCAGCUGGACGCCAUGCUGGAGUGAGGAGGCCGCCCUUGUCGGGCCAACAGUGCCCCUGGCUCGGCUGCACACUGACCCUUACCUCAGACGGGCGGGCGCCUCCGAGCCGAGGGGCUGGAGCCGGGCUGGACGUGUGUGCUGCCCAGCUCUUGCACAAGCACAACUCCCGCCCCUGGCCCAGACCGGACGCCAGUCUGGAGGACUGCCUGGCUGGGGGCUCCAAGGGCUCUGGGCAGCCGCGCUGCCCCAUGGGUGCCCGUCCCUGCCUGCUGUUCCCCGUGCAAUAACUGCUAGGCCCCCUCUGCCUCACUGGUCGGCCCUGCACGUGGAGGGCGGCCCCUCCCCUGCCCGGCCAGGCAGGCUGGGGCAGGGGUGUGGGGAAGGGUGGUAGCCCCUGAGGGCCCUAAGGCCCCCUCCCCAAUCUGUGGCAGAGCACAGGCCUAUGCCCAGCACAGAACUGCCCAUUGGGGAACCUCUGCUAGCCGCUCCUCCAGAGCAGCACAAGGGACAGAGGGCCAAGACUGGCCCACCCCAUUGCACCCCAGAAUAUAAGCUAUCAAGAGUAUUAAUUUAUUGGGAAUGAGCUAAGGCAGAUUUCCCUAGAGAACAAAAAGGUAUAACUUUAACAAAUAUAUAUUUAAAGAAAGAAAUAUUAUUGAAUCUAUAGAAAACCAUUUACCAACUGAAAAGACAGUGGAGUCCAGCUGGAGUCAAAAGCUGUCAGAGGCCCAGGCCAUCUGUCUGUCUUUCCCUCUCUCUGUCCAGGAGUGGUCCAUGCCCCUAGCCACAAGCACACACAGGAGACUUGGUCCUGGAUGGGGGCCUCUCCUCUGCUCUUCUAAUGUCUCUGCGUCUGAAGAACUUGAAGGAUGUGCCUUGCUCACUGACAGGCUGUGCCCUCCAUGUCCCUGAGACCUCGGGGAAGGCUAUGUCUUGGGGGUGCUGGGGAAGAGGGUGUGCCAUGUGUUCAUUGUGGUGAACAUGGGCAUGCAGCUGAGUGACAGCAGUGAGUGCAUGCCAGGCUUGCAGGCGGAUGUGCAGGGUGCCUGACCCUCCUCCCCAGGGCCCAGGGCCCACCCUGUGCAGGCAGUCAGCCCCCUUGAGUUCCUACGGAUGCUUUUGCUCAUGGUCCAAGGCUGUGUUGUGUAGUUCUUCUUGCCCUCUUUUCCUCCCUCCAAAAAAAUACUGACUGGUCUCUAUUGUGUUUGCUGAUCCACAAGUGUUGGGCACAACUUUGACAUUUCUUUAAAAAAAAAAAAAAAAAAGAAAAAUUAAAAAAAAAAAAAGCCAAAACCAGCAAUUGUGGUAUGGGCUAGUGAGGGGAGGCUGACCAAGGCUGUCUGGGAAUGGGGCCCUUCUACUGUCACACCUGGCACUUCCCUGUGGAUGGGCUGCUGGCCUCUCCUUGGUGGGGAGCCCAGGCUGGGGCCCUGGCAGUGGGGAGGGGGGGUCUGGGCAGGGAGCAGCUGUCAAUAAACAGCAGAAAACUGAGCUGGCUGGCUCACUCUUUUGGGGACAUAUGUUGGGUAAAGGAAGGCUGACAUUGGAGGCCAGGAGCCAAGGAAGGGAGGUUCCCCUCCCCAACGUCCCUGUGCAUGAGUGUCAUCAGGGCCACACAGUCCCCUGGCCCCACAACCCAUCUCACUCACGACCACAGUCUGUACAGCUUUUAUUUCAAUCU